AUGUGGACUGACAGGAAUCCCUUGAACUCUUUGAGGCGCGCCGCUCGCCGCCACGAGCUGAGAGGAGGCGGGCGAGGGUCCCCGCUGCUGCCGUCACACACGACCCCCCCUGCCCCCUCCCCGCCGCCCGCCGCCCGCUCCCCUCUCCGUGAUCUCGUAUCUCCUCGCGUGGUGUCAACUCGUUGUCCUCCUAAUAGCCCGCCUCUGUUCCUCCCGGCCCUUUGUCGGCUCCUCGCCGCUCCUCGCCGCUCCUCGGCCCGUACAUAUCCUCAUGGUGACGUCACACAGCCCCACAUCCUCCAUCAAGCUGGUGCUGGUUCCAGGAGCGAGUGUCUCCUCACUCCACCGCUCCUGACACAGGGUGUGCCGAUGGCGUCCCGCAACCUGCCGGCGUCGUUCUUCAACGCGGCGGCGGCGCCCUCGUGCGGCCUGGAGCUGUACGACUACGACCCGUGGCACCAGCACUACGCGGGCUACGGGCACGCGCACCGGCACGCGGCCGAGUACCACGCGGCCGCCGCGCACCACAACAUGGCGGCCGCGCAGUACGGGAACCUGCUGCUGGGCCGCGGCUCGCUGCACCACCAGUACAAGCCCGUGGAGUGGCCGCACGCCGCGCACCACGCGCACGCCGCGCACCACGCGCACCACGCUCACCACGCGCACCACGCCUCGCCGCACCUGGACCCGGCCGCCUGCUCGCCCUACUCCUACCCCGCGCCGCCAGGUCAGUCUCACUGUUCUCCAACCUUUCAUCAUACAACAACCCGCUCCCUCCUCUCUCCUGAGCCGACCUCGUCCUCACAGUCCCCUACUACGCUCAGUGUCGGUGUGUCUCUCUGUUCCGACACAUCUAAUGAACGUUCAGGUCAUUCACCUGACCAGGAGCCGGCCGACACACACGCACCGGACCUGGGAGACGGAGGGGGGGGGGGGAGGGUUGAUGCUAAAUUAAAUUCCUCUCAUCCUGUCGUGAUGGAUGUCCCCCGUCAGCUGUCAGCGGCGGUAGGGACCGCUGGUGACGUCAUCACUCACAUGUGGCACCUGGGGUUACUACAGCGGACACGGACCGUACCGGCCCGACCUGAUACAAUGGCGCGGAGGCGGGGCGGGGCGUGGCCCCGCGACCAAUGA